AUGUUCUACACCAGAUUCUUGCCAAAGCACUUCGACUUCAUUGCUCGUUAUCAUGCUGAUGAAAAUUUGAGGCUGAUAAAAGCAUCGUUUCCUGAGGUUAUUGAAGCCUGUGUAGAUGCUGCAAUGCAUGAGUUUGAUCCUUCACUACAACACUAUGUAGAUGCUGCAGGACAUGAGUUUGAUCCUUCACUACAACAGACACUACUGAGAGCUGCAAGUUAUGGGCAAGCGUUUUGUAGGUAA